CUUCUACCCGACCUUCCUCCGUCUCUCCAUCUCCAUCUCUCUUCCUCCUUUCCCUUGUUCUCGUUCCACCUUUCUCUUUUUCCCACCUUAGAUCUCUCUUUCCGUCCUCCUUUCCUGCUCACCGCUGCUUCUCGACCCUUCUCCGACCCCGCUCUAGGAGCAGACCUCCUGGGGUCUGGGGGUUGAUCUGUGCCCUUGUGCCUCAGUGUCCGUUUCGUCUCACUUUCUCCCGACUCCGCUCCCGGCCCAGCGCCCAGAGGCCUGACCCUGGGGAAAGGAAGGAUGGUUCCCGAGGUGAGGGUCCUCUCCUUCUUGCUGGGACUCGCUCUGCUCUGGUUCCCCCUGGACUCCCACGCUCGAGCCCGCCCAGACAUGUUCUGCCUUUUCCAUGGGAAGAGAUACUCCCCUGGCGAGAGCUGGCACCCCUACUUGGAGCCACAAGGCCUGAUGUACUGCCUGCGCUGUACCUGCUCGGAGAGUGCCCAUGUGAGUUGUUACCGCCUUCACUGCCCGCCUGUCCACUGCCCCCAGCCCGUGACGGAGCCACAGCAGUGCUGUCCCAGGUGUGUGGAACCUCACACUCCCUCUGGGCUCCGGGCCCCUCCAAAGUCCUGCCAGCACAAUGGGACCAUGUACCAACACGGAGAGAUCUUCAGUGCCCAUGAGCUGUUCCCCUCCCGCCUGCCCAACCAGUGUGUCCUCUGCAGCUGCACCGAGGGCCAGAUCUACUGUGGCCUCAUGACCUGCCCUGAACCAGGCUGCCCCGCACCCCUCCCACUGCCAGACUCCUGCUGCCAGGCCUGCAAAGAUGAAGCAAGUGAGCAAUCGGCUGAAGAAGACAGUGUACAGUCGUUCCACGGGAUGAGACAUCCUCAGGAUCCAUGUUCGAGCAAUGGUAGCAGAAGGAGAGGUCCAGGCACCCCAGCCCCCACUGGCCUCAGCGCCCCUCUGAGCUUCAUCCCUCGCCACUUUCGACCCAAGGGGGCAGGCAGCACAACUGUCAAGAUUGUCCUGAAGGAAAAACAUAAGAAAGCCUGUGUGCAUGGUGGGAAGACGUACUCCCACGGGGAGGUGUGGCACCCAGCCUUUCGUGCCUUCGGCCCCCUGCCCUGCAUCCUAUGCACCUGUCAGGAUGGCCACCAGGACUGCCAGCGCGUGACCUGCCCCACCGAGUACCCCUGCCAUCACCCCGAGAAAGUGGCUGGGAAAUGCUGCAAGAUUUGCCCAGAGGACAAGGCAGACCCUGGCCACAGUGAGAUCAGUUCUACCAGGUGUCCCAAGGCGCCGGGCCGGGUCCUUGUCCAUACAUCGGUAUCCCCAAGCCCAGAUAACCUGCGUCGCUUUGCCCUGGAACAUGAGGCCUCAGACCUGGUGGAGAUCUACCUCUGGAAGCUGGUAAAAGGAGGAAUGGAUGAAGAAAGUGGAGCUGUUCAGCCUGAAGAAGAGAAGACUCAGGGGGACAGGACUGCUGGCUUCGUGGCUCUGAAGGGCUGCCCCAGGGAGAGGGAGCAGGCGUAUUCUGAGUGACCGCAAGGGUCAAACAAUAAGCAGGGGCUUUCGGUUUGAAUCCUACCUCUGCCAGUUUGAAUCCAGACUCUGCUAUAUCUUAGCUGUGUGGCCCUGGGCAAUCACGUGAUCUCUCUGGGCCUCAGUUUUCUCUUUUAAGAAGUGGGAAAGACGGUUUUUGGAGGAUUAACUGACAUGACAUCAGUGCAGCCCCUGACAUACAGCAGACACUAAAAAUGUCAGUCUUUUCAUUUCACCACAUCGGGUUGGUGAGAAAUGCAGAGGCAGUUUGCAGCUCCAUGAGAGGAAGAACUUGCUCACACUUAGAGCCUUCUGCCAGUGGAAGGGAAGGAGCAAGCUCCACUUAUGAGAAGCGUGCAAGCAGGGGCUGGUGCGGAUUCCGUCUGCAGCUGGGCAGUUAGAGAUUCAAUGACCCUUACAAUUUUUUGAGGCUUAAGAUUCCAUCAGCCCCGGCUGGGUCU